AUUUUAGGUACUUCCGGUUGAAAAAGAAUCCAUGUGAGUUUGUUUACAAAUUUUAAGAUAUGUUUUGCGCCCGACUGGAUGUAUAUACCCCAUCCCACAUAUAUAUUUACAUAGACAGAAGUGUAUACAUAUAUUUAUGAUGAUGAUCUGUCAAGUUUUCUGGAGUCACAUACACUAAUGGCAGGUGUUGAAGGAAGCCUCACUUCUCAUCUUCAAAGUCUUACUCUUUCUGAUAAAUCUGCCAUUGCUCUUAAAAAGGUGGAGGAAAACUAUAUAUUAGAUAUUGCAGUACAAACCAAUACACCGGGAAAACAAAAACUGGUUGCAGCCACAAGCUCAAAUCAUGACAUCAGGUUAUAUCAGCAUGCUGACCUGGCCAUGGUUGGUAAACUGAGAGGUCACUCUGAUGUCAUAACUGGGAUCCAGUUUGCAAAUACUGAAGAAGACAUUUUAUUCUCUUCUGCUUUGGAUAAAUGUAUCAAAUGUUGGGAUAAACGGUCUGGAAAAUGUGUCCAAAAUUUUGAAGCUCCAGAAGAAAUCAAAGGGCUCAGCAGCUUCGGUAUCAACUGCAAUGACAGAGUGUUGGCAGGAGGAACUGAAUGUCUGACAACUGCAGAAGAUAUACACAUCCUUUUCUGGGAUAGAAGGAAAACAGAAGUUAUGGGGUCAUACAGUGAAAGUCACCAGGAUGACAUCACACAAGUUAAAUUUCACCCCAGUCAGCCAGAUAAUCUUGCCACAGGUUCUACGGAUGGCCUUGUGUGUGUCUUUGACAUAUCGCUGACUUCUGAAGACGAUGCCAUUACGUGGACAUUUAAUACGGAAUCAUCCGUGGCUAGAAUCGGUUGGACUGGAGAGAAACAGAGUGAUGUAUAUUGCAUCACACAUGAUGAUACUUUGCACGUGUGGGAUUCGGUGGAGGGAGACGACGUUUUGAACAGAACGAAUAUCCGAGAUGAGCUGCAGGACACUGAGCUGUUUGACUAUAUGGUGGAUUGUAUAUAUGUAGACCAAUUGUAUCUAGUUUUGGGCACCCACAGUGGUGAGCUUAGAAUUGCGACUGUAGACGAAACAUUGAAAAUCGUGAAAACACUAAAAGGUGGCCACUCAUCAACCGUGAGAUGUUUGCACUGGGAUAAUACGACUUGCACAUUGCUAUCGGGAGCGGAGGACUCUUUGUUGUGUAAAUGGAGCGACUGCGUGCAGAAGCCAGACACCCAGAGAGUCAACUUUAAAAUGAAGAAAAAGGAAGCGAAGAAAGUAAAGCCCUAUUGAAAUGUUUAGAAUACAUUAGAAGUGUGGAGUAAACUGUCAACAAGAGUUA